AUGGACCCCAGGUAUGUCUCAAUCGCUGGUACAGGGGACGUGGCACCCUUUCCCGUUCCUAGCAACUAUGCCCCACUCCCUCUACCACCCUCGCGCCGAUUUCGUCUAUGGCAACUGACUGCUCGUGCGUUGCUGCAACCUGGCAACUGCCGAUCAGUUCAGGCGCAGAUCGCGCACAAUGGUGGAGCUAUUGCAGUUAUCUCCCUACCCCGCAUGAUAAAAAGGAGCAAACUUAUCCCUUGUCUCAAAUUACCCCUCAUUCUCCUCUUUCUCUUACGAUCUCGGUCACCUCCUGCCGUCUUCAUCUCGCGCCGACAGCAGCAGCGGCAGUGGAGCGGACGACGGCCUCAUGCCUGCCGUUGGUGCGUGCUGACGGGCGGUGGCGGUCGACGUGAUUCGACUGGGUCCUGGGUGCGCGGGACACCGUGUGUGGCGCCUCUCCGACUCAGCGGCGCGUCGACCAGGCCCGACGGCCAAUCGCGGGCAUUGCGCUUCCGUCAGACUCGCCGCAUUCCGUCACUAAAGGGACUUCCUGGAGCCUCCGUUAAUGUUCCAACUACGUCUGAUUAUAGCACAGCUCCAUUGUCUACUCUCCCUGGCUCUGAGAACGAGUUCAAGCAAGAUCAACGACCAUUUUUAAGUGCUGCUUUUUUUCGUCCACGCUCACGUGCGACACAACAGGUAAUCUGGUUCAAGCUCUACUGCUGUUCUAUAGAAGGAAGUUGGAGGCGGCAUUGGAAGAGACCAGCAGGUUCUUCUUCCAGGUGGUCAACAUCUGAAGGCAAUAAAUCUGUUGUCUUUGCCACUAUAUCCGCAAUAUCCGUCGGGCUUUUAUCGAACUACCAUGAAGUGCACGUGCUGAAGGAUGAUCCGGGUUAAAUGCAAGGGUGGUGUAACUUGAAGUUUCCAAAUUUCCUAUUGUCAAGAUUAAAAAACUAUUUAGCUCGACAUAACAAUACACUUUCUCAAAAUAUGCAAUACAUAAAGAUGUAAAUGCAUCCAUUACCAUAUUUUCUAUUCUUACGGAGCAUAGUUGCAAGGACAAUAGAUUUAUUUCCUUCAGUUGUUGACCACCUAUAUGAGUUUUGAAUUAAGUUGCCACCCCAAA